AUGGACCCGCGACAGUAUGCGCACCCGCAGGGGCACGCUCCGCCAUUGCAGGGCCAGCAGUACGCUCAGCAGGCCGCACACUAUCCCCAGCACUCGCCGCAGGGCCUCGCACAGCCCGGUCAUCAGCCUCCGUACCCUCCCCUCCCCGCCCACAACGCGCCGCCUCACCUCAACCCGAAUCUCGCACCUCCCGGCCAGGACCCGCACGGCCGUUUCUCGCCGAUGCACAGUCCAGCAGUGUCUCCCGGAGUGGACCACCUGAGCCAGGGGGUUGUGCAAAUGGGGCUGCAACCCUCGCAAGCAACGACGCCGGGCGGCGAACCGAUGCCAUCGCCUGCGGUCGUGCCGGCUCGCGGCAAGCGCGCUGCGCGAGCGUACCAUAACGAAGGCGCGAGUCCUGCCGCGCAGAUGCAGCCGUCACCAGCCGAAUUCCAGCAGACUGGCCAGCAACCGUCGUACUUCCCUCCCCAAGGGCAGCCGCAACAUGCCGGUGCUGCUGUCGGCCACCAGCAGCAACCGCACUAUCAGGAGGCGCCACCCCCGCAUCUCGCGCGUGAUCCUCGGACAGCUCCUCCCGCCUCCUAUCACGACAGCAAUGGUCCCGGAAUCCCUCAGCCUCCGCACACGGCCGGUCAGCGCAUCCCUGCGAAGCAACGCGUCCGCAUCGACCCCGACCACAUUCCGAGCCCUGUUGCCGUUCAGGAGGCCGACCAGCAUUUGUACCGCAUCGAACCGUACCUCACCUGCUCGCGCAAUCCCGCUCCGCUCGCUACGACCGACUUUGUUGCCGUCGACCAAGGCAACUGCAAUCCCCGCUUCAUCCGCAUGACGACUUACAACCUCCCUACUUCUGACGAUCUCGCACUCGCAUCGCAACUUCCCCUCGGUCUCAUUGUCCAGCCGUUCGCCGCGCUCCGCCCCGAAGAAGGCUCGAUACCCGUCGUCGACUUCGGCGAGUCUGGUCCGCCUCGCUGCGAACGCUGCAGGGGUUACAUCAAUCCAUGGUGCACGUUCGUCGAGGGAGGGCAGAAAUACAUCUGCAACUUGUGCGGAGCAUCGACUCAAGUCGCGCCGGAAUACUUCAGCCAUCUCGACAUGUCGCAGCGCCGUAUGGACCUCGAUCAGCGUCCAGAACUACGGCUCGGCUCGGUCGACUUCGUCGUCAAUCGCGACUAUUGGGUCCAGGACAACCCGAACCUCCCGGGCUCGCAGCCGCGCGAGCCGAAGCCGCUGCACCAUGUCUUUGCGAUCGACGUCAGCUACACAAGUGUCCAGUCCGGUCUCGUCAAGGAGAUCUGCACUCAUCUGAAGGAGUUGCUCUUUCUGCCCAAGGAGGGCGAGGUGGAGGAGAACGGCGUCUUUCCCCCUCGGAAAGGGCUGCCUGCCGGUGCAAAGGUCGCUAUCAUGACGUUCGACCGAACUGUCCAGUUCUACAACCUCAAGCCCGGCCUCGACCAGGCGCAGAUGCUCGUCGUUCCCGACAUCACCGACAUGUUCCUCCCUCUCAACGACGGCUUCCUCGUCGACCCGCUCGAAUCGCGACCCGCCAUCGAGGGCUUGCUCGACAGCCUGCCCGGCUUGACCGCAGAAACGAGCAUCGUCGAAGCCGCCAUGACCGGCCCUCUGAAAGCUGCGAUGCUCGCACUGAAGAGCAUCGGCGGUCAGCUCAACAUCUUCCAGACGUCCCUGCCAACCAUCGGCCUCGGCGCGCUCAAACACCGCGAGGACAACAAGCUUUACGGCACCGACAAGGAGAAGACGCUUUUCGGCCCGCAGGACCCGUUCUACCGAAUCGCGGCCGAGGAGUGCGUCGAGGCUGGCAUCGGAAUCAACCUCUUCCUCUUCCCCUCGCAGUACAUCGACGCUGCUACUCUCGGCGCGCUCCCUGGCCUCACCGGCGGCGACCUUUUCUUCCACCCUCGCUUCAACCCGGUCCGCGACGGCCGAACACUGCGAGCGGAGCUCGGGCGAGUUCUGCAGCGCGAGACGGCCUACAGCGUGACCAUGAGGAUUCGAUGCUCCAACGGUCUUCGCGUUGCCGAUCACUACGGCAACUUCUUCCAGCGCAACGUUACCGAUCUCGAGUUUGGCACCAUCGACGCGGACAAGGCGGUCGCGGCCAAGAUCAAGCACGAGGGCAAGCUCGACGAGAAGGCGGACGCCCACUUCCAGUGUGCCGCUCUGUACACGUCUGCCGCUGGCGAACGACGGGUCCGAGUGCAUAACCUCGCAGUACCCGUGUCGAGCUUGAUCAGCGGCGUCUUCCGUGCGGCAGACAUGGACACAACAAUCACCUUCUUGACGAAAGAAGCGAUCACGCACGCAUCGUCGAAGACGCUCCGGCAGGUCCGCGAGCAGCUCACCGAUACCUGCGUCAACUCGCUUCUCGCCUACCGCAAGCAUUGCGCGUCCUCCACGUCUCCCGCCCAGCUCAUCCUCCCCGAAUCCUUCAAGCUUUUCCCGCUCUAUUCGCUCGCUGUGAUCAAGACGAAGGCGUUGAAGGGUGGAACGGUCGCCUCGGAUGUUCGAACCUGGGCCAUGCGACAGCUGAAGGCGAUGGGCGCCCCCGCGACGGUCCGCAUACUGUACCCUCGCAUGAUGGCGAUCCACCUCUUUUCGGACGAUAUCGGCUUCCCCGACGAGCGUGGGCAGCUCGUAUUACCGCCGUUGAUGCGCACGAGCUACUCGCGCAUGGAGCCGCACGGCGCGUACCUCGUCGAGAACGGCGAGCGGGCGAUUCUCUGGCUAGGACAAGCCGUCUCGCCCCAGCUUCUGCAAGACUUGUACGGGAUCGAGAACUUGGAUGAGCUCGAUACUCGCUUGUCGACGUUACCCAACUUGCCGACCCGCCUGUCCGCCCAGCUCCGCAACAUCAUCACGUACUUCGAGAGCCGUUCGGGCGUCGGCUGCAUCCCCGUCCUCAUCGCUCGCCAAAACAUAGACGGAACCGAGUUCGAGUUCAGCAACAUGCUCGUCGAGGACUCGAACAACGAGCAGCUCUCCUACGUCGACUACCUGUGCAUGUGUCACCAGAAAAUCCAGAGCACGUUGAUGGGCGAGAAGAACAAGGAUGUAGCCGACAGCAGUAGUUGGACGACUUGGUGA